AGGACGCGCUGUCACGUGACCAGGAAGCAGCUGUGCGGUUCACGUGACGCCGCUCCUUCCCCUCCUCCAGCCGUCUCCUCGUCCCGCGCUCUCCCGGACAGGGGAAGUGAUCCCGGUGUUACAGCGAGCGGCCAGUGGCCUCCACCUACUGCGCCUGGAGGGAGUUUCUUCUGCUGAGAGGCUCUCAGGUGUCCCCGGUCAGUGAAUUCGGUGUAUAAACAUGUCGUAUGGCUCUGUGGAUGGAACUGGAUUUGGAAGUAGAAAUCUUUUUGGCGGGCCAUCUUCUCAAGGUUACCAGCCUCUAGCCACUCAGGUUGACCCGAAUGAGAUCCAGGAGCUCUUCCAGCUCACCUCGGCCGAUGUGUUCCGGAUAAAUGCGAAUGUGCAGUCUUUGGAGAAAAUCCUGCGCUCCCUGGGGACUCCUAGCGACACACCAGAGCUGAGAGAGCAUCUACAUUUCACCCAGCAGGAGACCAACAACACUAUAACUUCCAGUACUAAAUCCAUCCGCCAACUGUCAGACAUUGUGAGGGGAUCCACUCGGCAAGAGCGCCUCCAGCUGGACAGAAUAAAGAAUCAGCUCUCCGAUUCCAUCCAGCGCUAUGGCACCGCGCAGAAGAAAAUAGCAGAUAAGUCGAGAUCAUUGCUCAGCGGCGGACAGAAGAAUCUCACACAAAGCCCCCGCACUCCAUUCUCAGAUCUUGCGGAUGAUGAAAAGAUCUUUAAUGGUGGUGAUGAUCAGUGGCAGAAGCAAAGUGAAGAGCAGGAUUUGUCCGAGAUCACCGAAGAGGAUCUUGAGCAGAUUCGCAGGAAGGAGGAAGCCGUGAAGCAGAUUGAGAGUGAUAUGCUGGAUGUCAAUCAGAUUAUGAAAGAUUUGGCAUCGAUUGUCUAUGAACAAGGUGAUUCUGUCGAUAGCAUUGAGGCCAAUAUAGAGACCGCUUCCUCCAACGUUGAAUCUGCCAAUCGUCAGUUGGCCAAAGCCAAUCAGCACCAAAGGCGCAACCUUAGAAUGGCCUGUACACCCCGCAAGAGAAAAGAGAAGUUUUCUCCAUUGGAGCUGGAAAUUUUGGUGGCCGAAGUAACCAAGAACCACUCGAAACUCUACGGAAGCGAGAGAGUCAACCUCAGCCAACCGGCAAGAGAGAGAAUCUGGUUGGAGAUCUCCAAGAAAAUCAAUACUGUGGCAAGGUCUCCGAGAACCACGAGAGAUCUGAGGAGGAGGUGGGACGAUAUGAAAAGGCGGACUAAGGAGAAGCUGGCUAUUAUAAAGAGAUCUGUUGUAACUGGAAGCGUGAGUAGGAGCCCAUCAGGAAUGCAUAACGAUACGAACAGUGAUGUUUAUCCUGGAUAUGGUAAUGAUGACUACGAAGACGACCAUGAUGACGUUGAUGUGGACAUUGAUGCACCUCACAUAGCUCUGGAGCUUCAGUCAGAUGAAGAGGAAAAUGGCCCAGGUUGCACGUGGGUGCCUCUUAGAACUAUAGAAAUGGUCACCACCGAGCCAGACAUGUCUGACCACCCGGUGAUUAUUCAGACUUCAGCGUCUUCUCCGUCGCCUUCUUCCUCCCCUCAAAACCAGGCGAAAUCGGCCUACAUGAGAAGGCUUUCUCAGACGCCUCAGCACCCACGCCGAAAUCACGAAGUCUCCGAUUUCGAGAAGCAGCUCAUGGAGAGUCAGAUGCAGCAGAACACCCUUUUGUCGUCUUGGUACCAACAACAAACUUCUUUAAUGGUGCAGCAAAACCUCAUCUUAGAAAACCUUGUGGAGCAAAGUAGACGAUUAGCGGAUAACGUUGAGAUUUUAAACCACACCUUGGAAAGGAUGGUGGACAAUAACCAUUCUCGCAGGGAAUCUGUUGAUUGUGUAAACGAUCUAGCGCCAGGAUCAUCAACCAGGGCUCCCUCUCACGCAUCGGGAGGUGUCGAGCCAGGGGGACAGUCUGGAAAUGAAACAUAUUCUGGCAUGAUCCUAAAAGUCGAGGAGGAACUGUAAGGUCUUCUUUACCGAACUCUACUAAAAAAAAAAAAAACAGACUCCUUCGAACAAUUUUUUUAUUAACGAAAAAAUUCUAUGAACUUUUUUUUUUCAUUAGGUCAUUAGAAGAGACUUCAAGAAUACUUCCCUUAUACAAUACAUAUAUAUAUAUAUAUAGAGAGCCAUUUUUGUAGUUUGUGAAGAUAUACUGUGCAUAUUUUCUAUUCGGAUGGUUUGUGAGGAAAUAUUUUGUACGUGUUCUUUUUACUCCGAGAUAAUAUUUUUCUUAACAAAAAAGUAAAAAAAAAAAAAGUUUUCUUAAAAAAAAUAAGAAAAAAAGAUAAAAAUGAUAUUUAUCAUGCAGGAAUAGGUAAGCCUUUCAGGCUGGACUGAAUGCAAAAUCCUGUAUACUUGGCUUAUGAAAACAUUUUGCUGGACCCUUACUCAAAAGCCGCAUUACAUGACCAGUAGAAGAUAAUACCCCCCCAUGUGCAAUUUUAGGUUGACAGUCUAAAAAAAGAACAAAAACCCAAAGAUUUUUUUUUAUCUUGAAAGUUUUAUUUUUUAAAGCAAAGCAUUCAUUAUUUCUUUGGAAUGAGAACUCUUACAAGUACAUGUAUAGGGUUUCCCUACUACUAAAUGUAAUAAUAAAAAAAAAAACGCAUUUAAUACA